AUGCCGAACUCAAAAAACAUCCGCAAAUUUUCCACGGGCACUUCCGUGCACCGGAAGAGGCGGAUGAGCACAGUGGCCGAGAAGGAAGGCUUCUUUGGUCCAGCAUUGACAACCCUGUACAUCGGAAUAUCUGCUGUUUUUGCAGACGACCAUACUGCCGUGGUAGCCCUUGCCAUCCAUGACACUGUUUACCUAGUCGACUUUUCCGUCAGACGCAUUGAACUGGACGAUGCUCUUCGUACGGGUGAUGACCUUAUUGCCGAACACAUCAUUUCCGACAUCAGGAAAUAUGAGCUUGAAAACUUUGCAAAGUUCAUUGGUGCCGGGUUGCCGGCAACGCUCAAGUACAUGAGUCCGUCUUUAUGUUCCCGGCUGUGGCUUGAGUUGGACAUAAUCCCAAUUGUUAUCCGUCCCGAUGACGAGAGUAAAGAGAAAAACUUCUGGGAUGCCAAGCGCGUCGAUGAGCAGGCCGAUUCCAUGGCUCGGAAGUGCAUCCUGAAUUUUAGCCCAUCUUUGGUGCCCAUUCUUCAAGUUGGCUGGCGUGGUGUUGUCCAGACCGACGCAGGCUUCCGCGCCCAGCUCACGACCAUCCAGGACUACAAGGACACGUGUGGCGCGGCCACAUGGAACGCCAUGAUGGUGUUUGCCAAGCAGCUCCGGAGCGAAAAGACCAAGAUUGCUUUUUUCAGCAGCACUCCCCAGGGAGGUGGAGUCGCUUUGAUGCGUCAUGCACUCGUCCGUUUCGCUCGUCUUCUGGGCGUCGACCUGACGUGGUAUGUUCCGAAACCGCGCCCUGGCGUGUUCCGCAUCACCAAGAACAUGCACAACAUCCUUCAGGGAGUCAGCCAUCCCGACCAACGGAUUUCGCCUGAAGAGAAGGCGUCCAUUAUUGAUUGGAUUUCCGAGAAUGCAAACCGCUACUGGUUCUCGGAAGGUGGCCCUCUCCGUCCGGCCGAAGAGGGCGGCGCUGAUGUUGUCAUGAUCGACGACCCUCAGAUGCCUGGUAUCAUUCCGAUGAUCAAGCGCCUGACGCCCAACCGACCGGUUCUGUACCGGUCGCACAUCCAGAUUCGCAGCGACCUUGUUGCGGUGCCGGGCUCGCCGCAGGAAGACAUCUGGAAUUUUCUGUGGAGCAACAUCAAGGAGGCCGACAUGUUUAUCAGCCACCCGAUUCCCGCAUUCGUCCCUCAUACUGUCCCGGUAGAAAAGAGGGUCUACUUCCCAGCGACCACGGACUGGCUCGAUGGCCUGAACAAGCCCAUAAUCAGCUGGGACACCGGGUACUACGGCCAUAUUUACAACACCGCUUGUCACUCGCAGCGAAUGACGGAGCUCAACUGGCCCGCGCGCAAGUAUAUUGCCCAAGUUGCGCGAUUUGAUCCUGCCAAGGGCAUCCCGACUGUCAUUGACUCGUACGCUGAAUUUCGCCGGCUGCUUGAGAAGGCUGGGGUAGAAGACACCCCCCAACUUGUGGUAUGCGGCAACGGCUCUAUCGAUGACCCGGACGGUUCCAUGAUUUACGACCAGACGAUGAACCAGCUGGAGACGCACUACCCGCAUCUCAUAGACGAUGUCAGCAUUAUGCGCCUUGAUCCCAACGACCAGCUCCUCAACACCAUCAUAGCUCAUGCGCACGUUGUCCUUCAACUGUCGACUCGGGAGGGCUUCGAAGUCAAGGUUUCGGAGGCGCUGCAUGCUGGUCGCCCAGUCAUUGCGACGCUCGCCGGUGGAAUUCCGCUUCAGGUGAAGGACAAGGUGAACGGCUUCUUGGUCCAGCCCGGAGAUUGGAAAGCAGUCGCUGGCCACCUGAUGCAGCUGUUCACGGAUGAUGACCUGCACUCUUCGAUGAGUUAUGCGGCCGAGACAGGCGUCUCGGACGAGGUUGGCACCGUGGGCAAUGCUCUCGGCUGGUUCUACCUGGCGGCUAAGUGGAACAAGGUUGGCGUCAAGAAGGCAGGUAAGGGAGGCAUUGCAGGACACGAAAAGUGGGUGAACGACAUGGCCCGCGACGAGGCCGGGGUCCCGUACACGGAGGAGGAGAACCGGCUUCCACGCCAUUUUACCGAGAGAGUCCCAGAGCAGGAGGAGGCGGCUUCUUAG